AUGUAUCCAAAUAAUGUCGAACAAGUAAACCAAGGCAUAGCAUUUACUGAUUCCAGCUUACGUUGUUGUGAUCUUACGCGUUUUGAAAUCAAGCGAUUGUGUCAAUACAAUCAAUUAUCAGUAGCUAAGUUUGCACUCAUAUCAGAUCUCAAUCAGUACUACAUCGAUGAUUGGAAUCAACUAGUAAGGAAAAUUGGUGGUUUUCCAUUGCUUGUUGAAUUCGAAUAUCACAAUGAUAAUAUUGAAAUCAAUGAAAAAUCUAUGAUUCAUGAUGUUGCCAGACGUGAGUUUACUGUGUUUAUCAUUGGUAGUGGUCAAAAUAUUCAUGUAUUUUCUCCAGUUGAAUAUCAAUUUUAUGUCAAUAAAACAGUCAUAACAUUUGAAGAUAAAUGUAGUACUAAUUAUGCUCGAUCGAAUUGGCGUCUAAUGGAAGGACAACAAAAUACAGAAGAACAAGAGAUCAUAAAUGAUUUCAUGAUCUCAGCUAGACAACUUUACGAAGCAAUCGAAGGUGAUGGAUAUGCUCGGAUUGAUAUUUGA